CGCAGUGGGGUCCCGGGCAGUCUCGGGGCGGCGACGCGCGGUUAUUUAUUUUUAAACACGCUGGGGUUUUAAGUAACGUUUUAUAAGUAUUUAUCUGUGAGGUGCCCGCGGCCCCGAGCAGGACCUGGCGCCUGCCCCCGAUCGCACGAUGAUUGAAAUGCUUGUAACAACUGAAGCUCAAGAAUUGCUAUAUCAGCUCAAUGCUCUGUUGGAACAAGAGUUAAGAUAUCAGCCAAAGGCUUCUGGCCUGAGACUAAUUGAAACUGCUCAUGACAAUGGCCUCCGAAUGACUGCAAGGUUGCGAGACUUUGAAGUAAAAGAUCUCCUCAGCUUAACUCAAUUCUUUGGCUUCAAUACAGAAACGUUUUCUUUAGCUGUGAAUUUCUUAGACCGGUUUCUGUCAAAAAUGAAGGUGCAGCCUAAACACUUAGGCUGUGUUGGACUCUGCUGCUUCUACCUGGCUGUGAAAGCAACAGAAGAGGAAAGAAACAUUCCCUUAGCCUCUGACUUAAUUCGAAUAAGCCAGUAUAGGUUCACUGUAUCUGACAUGAUGAGAAUGGAGAAAAUUGUGUUAGAGAAGCUAUACUGGAGAAUCAAAGCUACAACUGCCUUUCAGUUUCUACAACUCUAUCACUUGCUCAUCCAUGAGAAUUUACCUUGUGAAAGGAGAAAGCAUCUUAAUUUUGAGAGACUUGAAGCCCAGCUUAAGGCAUGUCACUGCAGAAUCAUGUUCUCUAAAGCCAAGCCUUCUGUUUUGGCAUUAUCUAUAUUGGCACUAGAGAUCGAAGAAAAGAAACUGCUAGAGUUGAAAGAGGCGAUAGAAUGCCUUCAAAUACAUUCCAAGACAAAUAGCAGAGACCUAACUUUCUGGAAGGAGCUGGUAUUAAAGUGCCUUGCAGAAUACUCAUCAAACAAGUGUUCAAAACCAAAUGUUCAGAAGCUGAAGUGGAUUGUGUCAGGACGUACAGCACGGCAGCUGAAGCAUAGCUACUACAGAAUCUCACACCUCCCCACAAUCCCAGAGACUGGCUCAUAACAGGAAUCUUAAAAUGGAAAGAUGACUAUGCUGAAGGCUGGUUUACAGAAUUCAGCUGUGGAAUUGAAAACUGAAGCCUAAAACAUGACAGCUGUUCCAGCAUCUGAAGUUCAACUCUUGGAAAACUAAAACAUCCAGGUUUCUUUAGUAGACCUUUCCAGCAAAUGCAGUUGUAUUGGUGCUGACUACAGGAGUAAUAAGUAGUAAAAAGUUCCUAAAGGAUGAAUGACUAAAACCUGUCUGAAUAUUGAAAUAUGCAUAUGUAACAGUGAAGCAUCAUAAUGCUGUUUUAUAGUAGUGAAUAGCCUUAGGCAACUUGGUAGCUAACUGAUAGAACAGCUAGUGUAGUUUAACCUUGGUUACUGCAACUGUGGCUGUUUAGUUAGA